CCAGCUAAAGCUGCUGCGCUACAACAAUAGCGCUGGAUGUACUACGUCUCUUAUUCGGUAACAUACGCAGGAUUUAAGAAGAAAUCACUCUGGGAAACAAUGGAAAUGAAAUAUGACUGGAGGAUUGCAUCGAUUUUUGAUUAACUAAGGCGAACAGCACCACUUUUGGAAUGAUAAUUGUCGCUGGCUAGCUAGCAGGGCUAGCUGGCUAACUGCAUCGAUAGAAAGCUAGCUAUCUUAUCCGAUAAUAAGCUGUAACAGUACGCUUCCCGGUGUGUAAUGUAUGUACAUAUUUCUGUUAUAUCCAUCAAUUGCCUUUAAUCCCCGGAGUCUGUAGCCGUCCAGCCAGAGACUGCGAUAUUAUUGCGAUUAGCCGUGAGGAGAGGCAGUGUGCCGGGGUUCGGUGGUUACGCCAUUAGCCGUGAAGAGAGUUUGUGUGGCGGUGUGCGGUGGUUACGAUAGCCCGGGGUUUAGCCCGCGGCCUAAGGGGAAAGGAGGGGAAAACAAACACUAAUAGUUAUAUAUUUACAUUUACAUUUAUAUAUCCGUGGCGAGACAACAGUUUGGCGGUGUAAGAUAGUAAAUAUGCAUAUAUUCUGACUUCAUACCCUUACACAAACACCCCACUGCAUGUGUAUGUUAAACUCUUUGAGGCUAGCUUUCUUUGCUCUUGGCAGUGAGACUAGCGAGGUGGCUAGCUGCUGCGCUUGCUGGCUGUGGUAGAGUACAGACCCAUCGUUAGCUAGCCUCGGUUGCUCUGUUUCGGUGCUAUUUGUCCAGCUGGUAGCUUCAUUUGCGGGGUUGGUUGUUGGUUUGGGUCACUAGCAUAGGCAGUGGUGGCUGUUGUUUCGCUUUUAGCGCGCAACCUUUAGCUACCGCAAACAUAAACUAAACCCUGCUGGCCAGCUUGUAGUGUAGCAGUGCUAUUCUGCAUUAGCACUCACUUAGUAACACGGAAGCUAAAGCCGCGGAGGAGCCGCCGCAGCAGCCGGCCGGGUGGCCCUGUGGCUUGGUACAUGCCGGGUAGAUGCGGGUACCGCUCUGCUGCUCUUUCCUUUAUUCUAAACAAUAAGGGCGUUUAGCACAGUACUUUCACACUAACUUUAGGAGGCGUUUGGGUGAAGCUGCUUUACUAGCUGGUUUAAAUGAUUCUAAAUUUAGCCUGGAAGCAGCGAAAACCAAUUUGCUGCGGAUCAGGCGGCCGCGGAACCCCGGGAGAGAGCAGCAGCCCUGGGGGAGCCCGGGCUCCACUCUAACCCUGACUGAAGUACUGUAGUAGUAAAAUUUUUAUCACUCCUAUGUUCAUAUUAUUAAAAGCUAGAUGGCUUUCAUAGUAUUGUGUGCAGUUUUGUCGAGAUAAAUUGUGUAAUCAUUUUAGGAAUGCUAAUUACACGGAAUCAGUCUGCAACUUCACACUUACUUAACUGCAAUACUGCUAAUUCCCGUUCCUGUAAAUAACUGUAUCAUCCGCUUCUUGAAACCACAGAUGAAAAUACUGACAGGAACACCAUUUUUCACUUUAAACUCAACCACUAACUUGUGCCGGAAAAAAAAAUCAGAGUAGCUUUUACUCUUCAAUGGCUGGAUUGCAAUAGGGGCAGCGAAGUACAAAAGCUAUUUUUGCCGAAGAUGGGCUGUGAGUGCGGCGCACAGGCGGUGCCAAUGCGCUUCGGCCGGCAGCCAUGAGCCUCCGGCCCCCGGCUUCCGCACUGGACAGGUUGAGCAGCUUGGCAGUGGCAGACUCGGAGCGUAAGACUGUUGUCGACCAGCAGAGGGAGCCAAUGGCUGAGUUAAACACAGAGAGCACAGGGCCAGGCCUGGUGCAGAGGUGUGUGGUUGUGCAGAAGGACCAGCUGGGGUUCGGCUUCACUGUGUGUGGAGAAAGAAUCAAACUGGUUCAGAAUGUGCGGCCAGGAGGUGCAGCGGUGAAGGCUGGAGUCCAGGAAGGGGACAGAAUCAUUAAGGUGAACGGCUCCUUGGUAUCGUCCAUGUCCCACCAGGAGGUUGUGAAGCUCAUUAAGGCCGGCACCUAUGUCGCCCUGACGCUGCAGGGCCCGCCCCCUUCUGCUGCAGCAGUCCCUCUGCAGCCCCUCCCCUCUGACACUUCACCCAAUCACAGGCUGUCACUGGGGGGUGAGGCCACACCCCCACCACCACCUCCACUGCCCCCCGUUUCCACCCAGAGAAUCACUGGACCAAAGCCGCUGCAGGACUCCGAGGUGCAGAAACAUGCCUCUGAGAUCCUCAGGAAGAUGCUGGAGCAAGAGGAGGCUGAACUUCAGGCCCUGCAGGAGGAGCUGGCGCUGCACCCCUCCCCCUCGCUGGAGCAGCAGAUCCAAAGCGCUAGGAGACGCGCCCACCAGGUCAAAGUCAAAAUCCAGCAAGAUUCGGAUGGAGCUCGACUUGAGUCAGCAGCCAGCUACGUCAGAGCAGGAGGGGGUCACCUGUCAGUGGAGUCAGGUGAAGCAGACUCUGAGGCCUGCGAGAGUCCCCACUCCUCUCCCUCUCUCAGGAUGUCCCAACAUCAGAGACCCCACAUGGGAGCAAGCCCACAGAUCAUAGGUCCUGAGGAAGAGGAGGAUGAAGACUACACUCUGAGUGAAAUGGAUGGGCCGUUUCAGGAUAUUGAGCUGCUGAAAUCUCGCCCUGCCCACAUGACUGUGUUCAUGAGAUACAUCUUCAGCCAGCUGCUGGACCCCAACCCGCUGCUGUUCUUCCUGUCUGUGGAGGCCUACCUGAGCGCCUCCCCCAAAGACGCGCGAUCCCUCGCCCCCCAGAUCUGCACUCACUUCCUGGACCCGGACGCUCCUCUUAAGAUUCGAGCUGGAGAUGAGUACCUGUGUGAUAUUGAGAGUCGUCUCCAGGCUCAGGAAGAUAUUCGUGGACCUCUGUCAGAGCUCCAGCAGCAGGUUCUACCCCAAAUCCAGGACCAAAUCCAGGACUACAGGAGUAAGCAGCUGUUGGGCCUCAGCGCUCUCUUUGGGGAGGGAGAUCUGCUGCAGCUGGAUGGAGACCCUGUGAAGGAGCGGCAGGUGGUGGACAAGCAGGUCACUGCGCUGUGGGAGAUACUGUCAAAGCACGAGGAAGAGCGAAGUGUACCGCUGGCCUCGGCAGUGCUGCUCUACCUCAGACACUCAGGAAUCAAGCUUCGAGACGGCAGAGCCCUGGGCCUGCCUGCCGAGAGAGACCGGUGGCUGGCCUUCUUCCCCAAGCCUAAGAAGGCCAGCGGCACUAAGAGAGACCGGGAGGGAGAGGACAGGAGGAGGAACCCCAUCCUCAAAUACAUCGGCAAACCCAGGAGCUCCAGCCAGUCCACCUUCCACCUCCCGCUGUCUCCCACUGAAGUCCGCCCGGGCAGCGUGCGAAACAUCAUCCAGCAGUUUGAGAACAACCAGCCCGAGCCUGUGGGGGGCGCCGAGGGGCUGCUGCCAGAGGGAGGGGCACAGAGGCUGUCCACCAGCAGCCUUGGAGAGCAGACAGAUACAGAGAGUCCCACAGUGUGUGUGCGUCUGGCUCGCAGUGAGUCUCUCAAGGCUCAGGGGGAGGGGCGUCGGCGGGGGGGCGGGGCCGGGGAGGCGGUGCCUCGUUCCCGCAGCGACGUCGACAUGGAGGACUGUGGGGAAGAGCGGCCCCUGCUGCACAGCACGUCCUCGUCAGCCUCCAGCAGCUCUGCCAGAUCGCUGGAAAACCCGACUCCGCCCUUCACACCCCGGUCCCGGAGGAGGAGUGUGGAGGCUGCAGCAAGCCUCCUUCCUGGCACACCUGCACUGGAUGAGGAUCCUUUAGAGAUCCAGAACUGGCAGGAGACGGUGGAUCCGCAGACGCUGUCGGCCCUGGUGCCCCGCGAGGUCGACCGGCAGGCUGUCAUUUACGAGCUGUACACCACAGAGGCGUCGCACCUCCGCACUCUCAGGGUCCUGGAUCAGGUGUUUUACCAGCGGAUGAGGGCCGUGCUGAGUGCCGAGCAGCUGGCCUGCAUCUUCCCCAACCUGCCGCAGGUGUACGAGCUACACGCCAGUCUGUGUGAGUCAAUGAAGAAGCUGAGAGAGUCCCCCAUCGUGCAGGGUAUUGGAGACAUCAUGCUGGCGAGGUUUGAGGGCGUGGCGGGGGCGGAGUUCCAGGAGCAGGUGUCUCUGUUGUGCAGUCAGCAGUCGCAGGCUCUGGAGCUCAUCAAGAACAAGCAGCGCAAAGACCCUCGUUUCUCCCACAUCAUACAGGACUGUGAGUCGAGUCCGUUCUGCCGCCGGCUGCAGCUGAAGGACCUGCUGGUGUCGGAGAUGCAGAGACUCACCAAGUACCCCCUGCUGCUGGACAACAUCAUCAAGCACACUGACGCUCUGUCCCCCGACAUGGCCCCUCUGCAACGGGCACAGGCAUGUUGCCGUGGGAUACUGCAGGCUGUGAACGAGGUCGUCAGGGAGACAGAGCACAAGCAACUCCUCAGCCAAUACCAGCGCCGGCUAGAUCUCGCGCCCCUCGAGAGACAAGCCAAUCCUGUUGCAGCACAGUUCAAGAAUCUGGAUUUGACAACUAAGAGAAUGAUCCAUGAAGGCUGCCUUACAUGGCGAGUCAGUAAAGACAAGAAUAUAGAGGUCCAGGCCCUGCUGCUGUCGGACCUGCUGGUUCUGCUGCAGCGGGGUCCAGAUGACCGCCUGGUUCUGCGCUGUCCGUCACGCUGGCUGGGGGGCGGAGCCAGUGGCGAGUUGAAGACCACGUCCUGCCCAGUGGUCAGACUGGAGACUCUGCUGGUGCGCUCUGUGGCCACAGACAACAAAGCCCUGUACCUGAUCAGCACCUCCGAGAGGCAGAUAUACGAGCUGGUGGCGGGGACAUCCUCCGAAAAGAACACCUGGAAGGACUUGCUAGAAAAGACAAUCUCAUUGGCCACUGGUUCUUCAGGUGCAACCAAUCAUGGAAUAGCGCCUUCCUCACCCUCCACCCUGGACAUGGAGUCGUCCAUCACGAGUGGCAUGUACCAGUCAGAGGACUCGCUUCCUGACGGUCCUGACAGAGGCUCGCCUAACGCCGAGGAGGGGGUGUCCACACCCACCCCCACGGCCGAGCAGCCUGCAGGCUUCCUGGGGCCGGACAGCCAGGGGGAGGGAGGGCUUGCAGAGGCCGCCCUACAAGAUGUGGAGACUCUGCGGCAGCUGAUCUUCAGAGACCUGGAAGAAGAUGCGUGGAGCCAUGACUCUGACGACACGCCUACCAAUGAGACUGCCAAUGAGAGAAGUCUAUUUACAGAGGAGGUGGGCUCAGAAACUCCAGAGCUCAGCCUCAGUCAGGGGGAGCUAGAGGAAGCCCCGCCCCUGGAGGCGGAGUCCAGCAUGCAGGUGGUGCGGAAAGCUAAGGGUGUGGGCUCUGCUUCUAUUCCUGAUUUCAUCACCGAUGAUGUCAGCGUCCAGUCCAGCCAAUCAGACUGUCCACAAGGUGGCGCCGGUACAGAGGGAAACACUUUCUACCUGGUCAUGCCCCAGGAACCAGGUGAGACCCACACAGACGAGGGAGUGGAGCCAGCCCACAACACAGCACAGCCUUCUGACCCUGGGCAGGAAAUGACAUCACCGUGCCCCUCCCAGCAGGAGGAAGGCCAGUCUCCCAGCCUCUCUUCCUUUGGCCAAUCACAGGACAAGCAUCAGAGGCAUGAAGCUGAUCUCAGCCAAUCACAGAUCCAGACUCAUCUGAUCACAAAUGUGGAAGAGAUUUUCAACACUAUAGAGGAGCUGAUGGCAAAACUGCGACAGCUACGAGAAAUCGAAGCUGCUCAUCACCAGCUUCUCAGAACACUGACAUAUCAGGACGUCAAUCAAGUGUCUGCUGACAGAUCGCAGACUCCGCCCACUGAUGUGGGGACAGCUACUCCUGACGGAGGAGCAGGGGAUGGGAAGGAGGGCAGCCCAGCGGAGACGCCACAGCCCAAGGUGCAAUCCACCGGCUUCUGAGCAAGCUGAGAGUCCCCUCUCCCCUCGGCCUCCCCGGCGACACUGCGGUACUGGCAGACAGGGGGUGUGCACAUCUGUCUCCAGGAUAUGACAUCACAGCAGCCUCCUGUUAAGGGUAGUGUCAGAUUUGAAUGAAAGGAGAGGGGCUAACUGGGAGAGGAACAGAAAUUCUGGAAGGAAAUUCAGCACUUUACCCACAAAUCUGCUGUUCUGUGCUUCACAGUCUGCAGAAACAUGGAAGGCUCCAUUUCGGCUGGAGGCCCAAAGGAAAUAAGUUGAGCCCUGCUGUGGACAUUUACAGGAAGUAUUCAAACCCUCAGGUUCUUCUGCACUGAGCCCACAGAAGGGAAUUCAUUUAAAAUAUUCAACAUGCUUUUGAUUAUUGUCACCUUUAGUGUGUGUUUGUUCAUUUAAUGUAAAAACAAAUGAAGGAUGAAAUUUCUAUUUUAAAUGAAGGACAGAGUGACAGGCGACAAAGUGCAACAGUACAGGAGAGCAACGGGAGAGUAACGGGAGAGUAACAGGAGAGUAACAGUGUGAUAGAGAGUACAGGAGAGUAACUGCGAGAGUAACGGUGUGAGUACAGGAGAGUAACAGGAGAGUAACAGUGUGACACUGGACUCUGGACUGGCCUGUCCGGAGGCAGCAGAAUUGCAGAGUAACCAACACUUUGGGAACUGAGCAUGGUUAUUAUUCUGAAACACACUAAAUGCUAUCUUGUCAUUAUUUAAAACUGAAUGUUGAUACUGUAAGCAACUGUAAUAUUGUGUUGUAUAACUGCACAUGCAGCCAGUUAUGUGAUGUAAAAGCUGUUUUUACAUCAGAAAUCUCAGUGUAAGCUGGUAACUCUGGACUCCUGACGCACUUUCUGUCUCUGAGGCCUGCUGUGCUCCCGCUGCUGUGUGGCUGCUAGGAUAUCGAAUGCCACAUCCCUUUAAAUAUCCCUCCUUCCACUGCAGUCUUUCCUCUGUUUCUCCCUCUCUCCCCAUCUCUCCGUUGCAGCAGACUAUAUCCCCCGUUCCUCUCCGUCUGCUUCCACCAGCCCCUGGGUUUGCUGUUCUUCAUGUGUGUGCAUGUCUACCUCUCUUCCUCCUCAUCAGCAUCUUCUCAGACUGCCAGCUGUUUCUCAGUGUUGCAGACUGCUGCAUUCAUAUAUACAAACAUCUCUUAGGAGCAUAGAUUUUCAGUUGUAUAAUAUAGUGAAAUCCAUUGUUU